AAAGCGGUGGUGGGGUGGCCAAGUGCGCGCGCAUCACAGUGUUCCGAGGAACACACAACUGAGAAGCCAGAUCGGCACGGAGUUGUUUAUAGUGAUCAGUGAAGUCGGUCCUACCUUUCCAACAUCACAAUAACUGUCAAAAGGGCACCAGACCUCGGCCCAGCUCAUCGCCACUCUGACUCGGUUUUAACAACAGGUCCAAAAACCAAGGAAUUUUCCUGAAGAGUUGUACAACACAUUUCAAGGAUCGGCUACAUGACGCUAUAGUGAUGGUGGGAGGAGGCGGGGAGUGACUAUGGGAACACAGGGAUGGGAAUGCAGGCAGUCCUCCAUCCUCUGGUCAUCAUCUUCAUAGCUACCGUACACAGAGGUUGGAGCGGACCCCAGGAUGCGGUGCACAUCACUGCUAUUUUGGGAGAAUCGGUGGUGUUCAACUGCCCUGUCGACUUUCCACAAGACCACCCAGUCCCGUACGUACUGCAAUGGGAGAAGAAGGGUGAGGAGAUUCCGAUCUAUAUAUGGUACGAUAGUUACCCAACACACUCUGGUGAGGGUUAUGAAGGGAGAGUGUCCAGAGUAUCCCAAGACUCGCCGUACGGUCUUGCAUCGCUCAACCUGACGAACAUAAGGGAGUCCGAUCAGGGCUGGUAUGAGUGCAAAGUAGUGUUCCUAAACCGCUCACCAAGUACACAUAAGAAUGGCACCUGGUUUCAUUUAGACGUUCACGCUCCACCGAGAUUUAGCGUGACACCUGAAGAUGUAAUAUAUGUAAAUCUCGGAAAUGCAAUAAUUCUAAAUUGUCAGGCGGAGGGCACACCUGCGCCUACGAUACAGUGGUACAAGGAUGCAAGCCUAGUCGAGCCAGCCGGCACAUCGGGCAUCUUUAACGAUGGCACUGAGCUAAGGAUAUCCAAUAUUAGGCAUGAAGAUAUUGGUGAUUAUACAUGUAUAGCAAAGAAUGGUGAGGGCCAAAUUAGUCAUACCGCCCGUGUCAUUAUCGCCGGCGGGGCAGUCAUUAUGGUCCCCCCAACCAACAAAACCAACUUAGAAGGCGAGAAGGUUCAGUUCUCCUGUGAGGCAAAGGCCCUGCCUGGGAAUGUGACAGUCAACUGGUGGAAAGAAGACACGCCAGUUAAACAAGUAGCUUCAUUAGAGACCAGAGUGACCAUCAGACGUGAUGGCUCUCUUGUGAUAAACCCUGUUGCUGCUGAAGACACAGGCCAGUACACUUGCCAAGUGACCAAUGGUAUUGGAGAACCUCAGUCAGCCUCAGCCUACCUUAACCCUGCGAAAGUGACAUUUACUCCAACUGUGCAAUACCUUCCUUUCCGCCUAGGAGGUGUUGUACAAUGUUAUAUUAAAUCCAAUCCUCCUUUGCAAUAUGUAACAUGGACCAAAGAUAAGCGCCUUCUUGAACCUUAUCAAACUAAGGAUAUUGUUAUUAUGAACAACGGCUCCCUCCUUUUUACUAGGGUAAAUCAAAAUCAUCAAGGGAGAUACACGUGUACACCUUACAAUGCACAGGGCACUCAAGGGUCAUCUGGGCCAAUGGAGGUGCUGGUUAGGAAACCACCAGUAUUUACUGCAGAACCGGAACCUUUGUACCAACGAAAGGUCGGUGAAACAGUUGAAAUGCAUUGUGAUGCUCAGGAAGCAGAAGGGACUCAAAAACCUAACAUCCAGUGGCAGAGGAAAGACGGGCAACCGCUCCAAAGGAAUAGAGUGCGAGUGACUGGAGGUAAUAUUACAAUUGAAAGUCUCAGAAGGAGUGAUUUCGGCUAUUAUCAUUGUGUGGCGAGCAAUGAAGUGGCUACGAUAGUCACAAGCACGCAGCUUGUUGUUGAAGGCACCCAACCACAUGCGCCGUAUAAUGUGACAGCCAAUGCAAGUGAAUAUGCUGUCACUCUCAAAUGGCUGCCUGGCUAUUCCGGAGGGCCGGACUACAAGCAAAACUACACCAUUUGGUUUAGAGAAGCCGGAGAAUCGGAAUGGUCUACGUUGCCUGUCGCUACUUCUGGAAGUACGCAGGUAACGAUAAACCAACUGACUCCUGGCACUACUUAUGAAUUCCAAGUGGUUGGGAAAAAUGCUCUCGGAGAUGGAAUGCUCAGUAAAGUUAUCACCGUCCGUACACUAGCCAAUGACGAAAAAAAGAAAAGUCCGAAACAAAAUGAGAUACCUCACAAAGAACCUCAACAGGAAACAAAACGAGACUUCCAGCCUUCACCUGAUGAUGUUUUUAUCAAUAAUAUUAUGUUCCCGACUGAUGCGACAGGUUCUACGUUAAUACCUCCAAUUUUCAGAUCAAAAGGACCAAAGCCAGGACCGCCGAGAAACCUUUCAGUUACUGAGAUAAGUAACGGGUUUUUAAUAACAUGGCAAGUUCCUGCUGAGCGAAGCGAUUUAGUUGCUUAUUACACAAUUAAGUAUAGGACGGAUGGACCUUGGAAGACUUUAAACAAAGGUCAGAUAAGGCCAGAAGAGACUUCUUAUCUAGUAAAAAAUUUGGUUGGAGGGCGGACAUAUCACUUUCGAGUGCUUGCCAAUUCACUAAAAAGCUACGAGAGUUCUGAAGAGGUCAAAUUCCCAGUUCCCGCAAGGGUGAAGCACAAAGCGAUAACUGCCGGAGUUGUUGGGGGUAUCCUGUUCUUUAUAGUCGCCAUUAUUCUUUCAGUCUGUGCUGUUAAAAUUUGUAACAAACGGAAACGGCGAAAACAGGAAAAAGAAUAUAACAUGGUCGCAUGUCGGAUAUCAGACACGAGAAACGGUGGGCAAGCAGCUCCAGUUAGUCAAGUGCCUUUGAAGAAAAAUAACAAAAGCCGAGUACCAGGUAUGAGUCCAAUUUGUUGGUUUUUCAAGAAGAGAAGUUCAGAAGUCGACCCUAACUGGGAUGCUGAUGUGUAUCUGAGGAGCAGCCAUCACGUGGGGAAAAUAUCAAGAGACAGAGAUGGUCGAUUUGUUCUAGUGGAUUCUGCUGAAAGCACGACAAGUUCUGAUGAUGGGGGAUUUCUGUCGAGGCCCGGAUUCCGCAACAUUGCUUCUUGGAGGCGGCCGUUGGUCGGUUACCCAAGUGACAUGAGUUUGAACUCGACUGUGGUGACCCCCCAGCUCCCAACGAUCUACUCUCCGAAAACGACCCCGUUUCGAGCGAGCUCUCCCACAUCUUCCAUAAUGCCAGCACUGACGCCGGUCAUGUCUCCGGUCUAUUUCUCUGAUCUGAGCUCGGUGAGACAAAGUGCUGAACAGACAUUGAAAAACGUGCACCAGCAGUACAGCCAAGAGUUGCCGUCUCUACAUGCAAUACAGGAACAACAGAGGAGGAGGCGUUACAUACCAAGGCAUGUGAGGUCUGCACCAGACUUGUUUAUGGAAACAUCACCAGAGAGUCGAUCUAGUUCGAGUGGUUUCGGCUCCAAAAACACAUCUCAGCAGAACAGCUCUGGAAACUCGGACUGGAGGCUGGCGUACAGAUCCCCUCCUCUGCCUCCUCCACCACCUCUCUGGCUGCAGUACACUUCAGCCUUUCCUUCACCCACCCAAUCGGAGCUGAGCCAAAGACCGAGUGUGGAUGAUCAUUACGAGUUCGACGUGUAUCCCAUAUCUCCAACACCUCCAGAAAUUUCCCCUGCGCUUAGAAUGAAAUACGACAACAUCGAGGCGAGAGUCCAGGCAAUGAAAGAAGAAUUCCAUGCUUUUAGAGCGAGACAAGCGAGGAGGAUGCGUACAGAAAUCGAGAGUGCUUGCUGACAUUAGAAACCACAAUGACCCAUAAUUUGGACUCAUUUGUUUCCCUUAAAAUAGUAUCAUGCUCCGUUUACAACGUAAAUAACGAAAGCAUUUAAAUUCUAAACAAGGUAGUAUGUAGUAGACUUACAAAACUUUAUUUUAUAAAAUCAGGAGUAUUAUAUUAUACAGAGCAAUAUGUUGUGUUGAAGUGUAAUGACUUCAACAAUAGCCUGAUGCACCAGAAUAAAAUGUAUAAAUUGUAAAAAUAUAAUUAACAUUUCUUUUUUUCUAUGAAAAUAUUAUUUUAUUAUAGUAUUUGAUGAUGAUUUGUAUCAGGCUGUUUACAAAAUACUGCCAUUUAACAGUGUUGGACAAGUUUCCCCAUUCUGGAGUUGAGUCUGAACCAAUGUCAUAUAUACAUUUUAAAUACCCUACAAUAAGUGAGAGAGACAGUUUAUAAUAUUGUAGAGUGCACUACAAAGAAGGACAAUUUGUGAAUAAAAAACAAAACUCUAAACAUUAUACUAAUUAUAUAUAUAUACAUGAAAAUAUAUAAAAUAUUACAUAUAUAUAUAAAACAUAUAAGUACCUAUAAUACUUAAGUUAAAGUCAUAUGAUUAAAUUUCUGUUACCGCUUGUAAUUGAACUGAGAACUUGCGAUUGUCAAUUACAUUUAAGAGAGGAUUACAAGUAAUUUAAGCGUUAUGUUUUCAUUUCCAAAAGAAACUAUCCUUCUUGAAAAAUCUGGUUAUCGGAUUGAUUUCAAUUAAAUGUUACAGAAAGUAUCAGUAAAUUUUAUAAUUCAGUAAAUUAACGCAUGUAAUAUAGAAAUUUUAUGCACCAUGCACAUCUUAUUAAUUAAA